UGCGGACAGUCGGUCGGCGGGAAAUCGCGGCCGCCCAUGGUAGGCGUGCGACGCCGAGUCGCGAGAGAGGGACGCGGGUAGGCGGGCGGCGUGAGUGCGAGAGGGAGGGCGGCGGCGAGGGCGUGCGGCCUCGCGAGCCGCCGCACACUCCUGUUCCGGUCGCGUCGACGGGCGGCCGGGAACCCGCGCCUCGCCACACUGACUACUCUCGCGCUGUUUACACCGACUUUUCCCAGUGCGUGCCUCUCGUGCCCGCUCCUGCGGCACGUGAUAGGCCGCUGCCGUUUUUUCCCGCUCGUUCACCUCAGUGACAGCCGAAGUCGUUGACGACUCUUCCCGCCACUUUCAAAUAAAAAGUGCGCACCGUUUGGCGCGAAAUGCUGGCUCGCAACCCGCCAAAGAUUAUCAGUGGCAACUAAUAAUCCUCUGCUGUGAAGAUUAAGUUGUGAUUUUCGGUUCGGGUUCCUCUGGUUAGGUGUUGAUUCUAAAAAAAUGGAUGACUGGGAGCGACACGUGACUCCGUUGCUACAAGACAUGGGCUGCUCAAACGAGGAGGCCCAAGAUGACUUCUUUAACCAACAGGAUCUGUUGGUCGGCGGAGGCAGCGGCAACGGCGGCGCGGCCACGUCGCCGGACGGGGGCUCCAGCUCAGCGCCCCCGCUGUCUCCGGGCGGGUCGGGCGUCGCGGGCGGCGCACUCUCGCCUGGCGCCGGCAGCCACGCCAGCACGCCGGCCGCCUCCUGCUGCGACACGCCGAGACCCAUCAUCACCGACCCGGUCUCGGGCCAGACCGUCUGCUCCUGCCAGUACGACGGCGCCCGCCUCGCCCUCAGCUCCUACCCGCGACUCUCCAGCGCAGCAGUCGGCGUCUACGGAACGCCCUACCCAUCGACGGACCAGAACCCAUAUCCGAGCAUCGGAGUUGAUAGCUCUGCCUUCUAUUCUCCGCUGAGUAACCCAUAUGCGUUAAAAGAGGGCGGCGGAGAGAUGUCGGCUUGGACGUCUGCGGGCCUGCAACCCUCUGGCGGCUACUACCCCUACGACCCCACGCUAGCUGCUUACGGGUAAAGCACGUGCAAACUGGGUCGCCGCUUUGCCCACCAACCCUUAGGGACUAUCGAAUUUUCAUUGUGGCAAAAGUGUUUGUUUCCUUUAUAAGAUCUAUUUUUGUUUUCGAGAUAUGUUUGUCAAAUUCUCUAUCGCGAAGUUAAUAAAAACAUUUGUAAAGUUUAAUUUCUAUUAAUGAUUUUGAUAGACAUAUUUUGACAUAGUUUUACUUUCUGUAUUAUAAAAAUAUUUCGUUAAAUUGUACUUAAAUUGUGUUAAUUGUGGUUCGAACAUCGACAGUUGUAAUUAGUACUUAAAAAUCAUUGUACGAAAUCAACGUUGCUCAGUAUUUUUAUAGAUUUAAGAAUAUUACGGAGUUAUUAUCCAAAUUAUAUAAAAAAAAUAAGUACACGGAAUGCGCAAUUAAAAAUAAGUGGAAACGAAAUUAGUUAUUGGAUUUAGUAAAUUAUAGUAAAUAUUAUAUUCCGCAAAGGAUUUUUUUAAGUUAAGUUAAUAUUCUAUGAUUUCAUUUAGUUUCGUUCUUCCAACUUUGUUUUGUUAGUAAAGUUUAUCGGCACACUACUCAAUAGUUAACGAGUAUGUUCGUUUUGAUAGUAGUUAGUGUACGUUAUAGACGUAGGCAAAGAAUCACUAAGUUUUACACACUACACACAAGUAGAAAGUUUUAUAUUAUAAUCAUGAGUCACACCAGCCAUGUGUUUAUUUUUGACCGACUUCCCAAAAGAAGGAGGUAAUCAAUUCGUCUGUAUGUUUUUUUUUGUUAAUAUCUAAUUCGAUGAAACGAAUAAUUAUUGUCGAUUCCUAAAUAUUAUUGUUGUCCCUGUACAUAUAAUAAAAAGUUUUGUAGAUUUUCUAUUUUUAGUUUCACAAAAUGUGUACAAAGUAAUAACUAUUUUUUUUUUUGCAAUUUCAAAGUUGUUUAAAGAAUAUCGGAAAAUAUUAUAAAUAUUGUUUUUAAAAGUAUUAUUAGAAUACCUGUAAAUAAAAUAUAUUCUCGAUAAUACAUUAUUUUCAAAUCUUACGCAAUCCGUUUUAAUUGUAAUACGAAUUAAAAAUCUAAAUAUAGCAAUAUUGUAGCCGUGAAAGGUGUAUUUUGAAAAUGCAAUUCAAAUUUAUAUUUAAACGUGGUCAUAAUCUUUCCAAUGAGAACUGCUUAGUGUAAUUUGGUUGAUUUUUUUUAAACAAAAUUGUCACUGCGACUCACAUACAUGGAUUGUGGGUAACACUUGUUUCCUCGAAGCAAACCUGUUUAACAUCGGAACAAGAUGAGAAUUUGACCCUCCUAAGACCUUUCGGGUUCUAACAGGUAGUGUUAACAGUUUGAAAUUGUCAAAUCGCCACAUAAAUUUCACAGAUGCUUGUUUUAUUUAAACAAAAGAUGCACAUAUGUACAUCAUUUGAUAAUAGAUUUUUUAAGAUAAUUUAUUUAUCAUAAUAAUUAAGGUAUCUUCGUAGCAAUAAAUAUCUGGUUUUACACUGUAGGGUUGCAUUUUGUUUAGUUUUUUAUCCCAUUGCAAUUGUAGACCGCUAUACAAGUUCAUAUGAUGUUAUAAAGCAAUAUAUCAGAGGCUGGUCAUUAACAUUAUGAAUAACCGCUCGUUUAAAUGUGACCAAAUCGAAUACAUUCGCUUAAUAAUAAAUGUUCUAUAUAGAAUAUGUAACUUAAUAAUUAUGAGUAAAAUUAUGU